AUGUGCUCUAUAUAUUUUCGAUGCCAACGUGUCAAUUACAACAAGAAAGAUCUUGCAGAGAAUGGUCAACUGUUGAAGAUCGAUUUCAUUUGGGUCAAUCAUGAUCACAAGAGCUUCGAAUGGUUGCUUAAUCUUCUUCGUCAAUUCGAAGAAGAACAAGAGACUUAUUCGACCCCUAAUCCUGGCGAAAAUCGGUUUCUUGAUAUUCAUCUCUUCUUUACUCAAAUCAAAAAUGAUGAGAAUAUUGGCAAUGUUCCACUUGAUGUUGUAACGAAAACUUGGGCUCAAGUAGCUGGAAACGACAUUUUUACUAGUUUGCGAACAAAGACGCAGAUUGGAAGAUCUAAUUGGACCGAAUUAUUCGACCGUCUAAUUUCUAACGAAAAUGCCUCGACUGCCGAUGAUGUAAACGUAUUUCUCCGUGGUUCACCCAUAAUGGGUAACAGCAUUCGUGAACAUUGUGAAAAAUUUAGAUUUCAUUUCUUUAAAGAGUUUUGA